GAGCGUAGAUAAUCAUAUUUUCAAUAUUGAUAGAAUCUAUAGAUCUAUAAUCUAGUCUAUAAUUUAUUCUAUGUUUAAAAAAACUCUAAGAUUACUAGAUCUAGAGAUAUAUUCAAUCAUUUACAAUGCCUAGGCCAAGUAUCCCAGUUUAUUUUAUGCAUGGAAUCUAAAACAGAAUCACAAGAGCAAGAAUAUGAUGCUGAUGGAAGACAAAUCAUUGAUGGAAGUCUUUUGGAGGGGGGUGGACAAAUAUUGCGCAUAGCUGCAGCUUUGUCUUGCAUUCUGCACAUUCCAAUAAGAGUUAAAAAUAUAAGAGCUGGCAGAGAUAAACCAGGUUUAAAAGCUCAACAUAUGACAGGAUUACAGUUGGUGGCUUCACUUUGUAAUGGGAAACUGGACAAAUGCCGUCUAGGUUCCCUUGAGAUAACAUUAGAUCCCGGUCCUAUUCAAUCUGGCCAGUUUUUAGCUGACACAAAAACUGCAGGAAGCAUAUGUUUAUUAAUUCAGGUAGCUCUUCCCUGUUUGUUGUAUUCAUCUGACGUGUGCACAUUACAUCUUCAAGGAGGAACAAAUUGUGAUAUGGCACCACAGAUUGAUUAUCUCACAUUAGUAUUUAAACCAAUGGCUGAGAAAUUUGGUUUGAAUUUUGAUGUGGAUAUCAAGAGAAGGGGAUAUUUCCCAAAAGGUGGAGGGGAAGUCAUUUUGAAAUCCCAGCCUGUGAAAUGUUUAGUAGGUGUGGAGAUAACACAGCCAGGAGAACUCUUUCAAGUAUACAGCCGUUCCUUUGUAGCUGGAAAUCUUCCUGAACAUUUAAGUAAGAAAGUGUCCCAGAGUAUCAGCAGGGCCAUCAAACAGAAUAUUCCUGCUGCUGCUGUUGAGAUAAAACAAGAGAGUAUGAAAGAAGUUUCAGCUAUUGGAUCAGGACUUGGAACUAUAGUUCUAGCAGAAACAACUACAGGAUGUUUAUUGGCUGGUUCAGCUCUAGGGAAGCCAAGAACACCUGCAGAAGAGGCUGGUACAGCAGCUGUAAAAGAGCUAAUGGAAGCUAUUGACAGCAAAGGUUGUGUUGACCAGUACUUACAAGAUCAGAUUAUUCUUCUUAUGGCUCUGGCUGAAGGACAGAGCAAAGUUUUAUCAGGUCCCUUAACUCUUCACACAAGAACAGCAAUCCAUAUUGUCCAGUUAAUGACACAGGCACGCUUCACCCUUACAGAGCAAGAGAACAAAACUGUUGUCAUCGCAUGCCAAGGUCUAGGUCAUCUCAAUCCUUACCUAAAGGGUUGAUCAUUAGAACAUUUGUAUUUAUUUAUAAAUCUAAUUGGAUUGUUUUUUUUUGGUUCUAGUAUUAUAGUACACAAAUGUACACAUUGUGACUGUUAAUUUGAACUUUGUGACUACUUUUAAGAAUAGGAAUUCCAAUAAAAAACUUUCUAUUUGAA